AUGGAGGAGCUUGAGAGUGAGAAAGCUCAGAAAGAAGCUCAAGUCCAAAAGGUGAUGAAGCUUGAGAGUGAGAAAGCUCAGAAAGAAGUUCAAGUCCAAAAGGUGAUGGAGGAGAAUGUGAGGCUACACGCAAUGCUUGACAAGGAGGCGCAGCUCCAGGCCAUGAGCGAGCAGUGCAAGCUCAUGGCGCUGAAUCACCACAACUAG